AUGUCCCUGAAAAGAAUAAAAUACAUGUUUCGGCAAAGAUCAAGAAUUGCUCAUGCUGUCCUAUCAAAUGUGACCAAUGGAAAACCCAUUGUAAAUAGAAAUUCCGUUGGUUUAACAAAUUUGUAUUAUACCAUAAGUGAACGUUUAAUAACGUUGCAUCCGAAGUGGGCGGAUUAUUGUCUCAAAAUCCGCAGAAUUCAAGAACCAAACCUUACUCACUUAGAGUCUUGGCUGCAAGAAAGAAUCCUUGCAUCGAAGACAUCAUACCUUCCUGACGACUUCCCUGGUAGAAGCUUGUACACAAUUCCAGACCAAAAUCGGAAGAACGACCGAAGUAAUAGGAGAAAGGAUGGAGAAGAUCAAAACGAUAAUCAAUGGACUGGAACUCUCCAUCGCAAGGCUAAUGACUACAAUGUUUGUCGGAUAUGCAAGAAACAUCCAUUUUUCAAAUGUCCAACAUACAAGGAAAUGGCUCCAGAGAAACGAUUUCAGGCUGCGAAGAAACUUGAGAUGUGUUACAACUGUUUAAAACAAGACCAUUUCACUUCGAAAUGCACAUCAAAAAAUAGCUGCUUCGAAUCCGGAUGUUCCGAAAGACACCACACAACGCUUCAUAAAUAUACCUGUCAAGUUGAUUGGUUUGGACUCAACUUGACAACAACGUACGCUCUUCUCGAUUCUUGCAGUCAAAGUACCCAUCUCAGUCGAGAUGUUGCUAAAAAACUGAAAUUGAAGACGAAAAGCAAAAUAAUAUCAAUCAGUACGAUAAAUGAUACUGGUAAUGAGAUUAAAGUAAAGGAGGCGAAGCUGAAUGCGAAAUCUACACUAGACGAUUUAAACGUACAGAUUGAUCAAUGCUACAUCGUUCCAAAAACACACUUUCACAUGCCUACGCAAAUAUAUCCUGAGGAUAUCUCUCGUUUCGAGCACAUCAAAGGAAUUAAACUUCACAACGUACAAAGCGGUCAGAUUGGUAUAUUAAUUGGUGCAAAUGUUCCGUCUGCGCACAUACCGCUUGAUGUGACAACCGGAAUCGGAUCAAAGUUAUCAGCCAUAAGAACCGUAUUUGGUUGGACGCUUUUCGGAACACAUGGUCGCAUUGGCAAUCCUUUCGUAAAUAAAUUGCAUCUGGAAUCAAAGGAAAGUAUUCAUGACGUUGUACAAAGGUUGUGGGAACAAGAUUCAAUUGGAAAUGUGAACGACAGGGAUCCUGCGCCAUCUGUUGAAGAUAAAAUCUGUCUGCAUAAACUUGAUCUACAGACCAGAUUUGACCUAAGAAAGUACGAAGUCCCUAUGCUAACAAUCGUGCAACGGCAGAAAAGAGGUUUGCACACCUACUUCAAAGACUAA